GAGGCGUCAGUACUCAGUUAGCUGUCGACAAGAGACGUUUACGCGUGUGCUGCAAGUGUUCCACUUAUUGAUAAUUCGUAACCCAGCCUUGCGGUCAAACGAUCCCGUCCAACGGGCUGUGGCCGCGCUAAAUUUUGCAAUACUAGAAGGUUGCUAUUGAGCAAUCCGCGCUGUAAUGGACUGAUAGUGUCUACAAUGUUGUCAAUGGAGUCGCUCUGGUGUAGCUCCGAGUCGGAGCUGUCCUCGCUGAGGAUGUGCAAGAACGCGGAGAGAGAGUUCAGGUUCAAACGUAAACCCACCAAGAGUCUGAUCCCUCAGGCGCUGUUGCACCUUCAACCGGAGACUGCAUCACGCCAUCAGCGCCAACGUCGAUCUGGCACAUGGCCGAGAACGAGGUCCCUGAACGCGCCGUCUCCGAUACAACAAUUUGGACCAUGCGGCAGGAUCAUGAAGAACUCUGCUAUGGUUAUGCAGAUCCAGGACCCGGCGUCCCAGCGGCUCACCUGGUACAAGCCGCCGCUGACCGUGCUGGUGAUCAAGAAGAUCCACGACGCGACCAUCAUCAUGCCUUUUGUACAGCUCGUGCAUUGGCUCGUUCAUGAGAAAAGCAUGGUUGUGUUCGUGGAGGCGUCGGUCCUGGAAGACAGGCUGCUCCAGGAGUACGGCAACUUCAACCUGGUGAAGGAGCGCCUCAUGACCUUCCGCGCCGGCACAGACGACCUCACAGACAAGAUCGACUUCAUCAUCUGCCUGGGAGGAGACGGAACGCUACUGCACGCCAGCUCCUUGUUUCAGCAAUCAGUGCCACCCGUCAUGGCGUUCCAUCUGGGUUCUUUGGGUUUCCUGACACCGUUCGAGUUUAACAACUUUCAAGACCAAGUCAUGAAUGUUCUAGAAGGGCAUGCAGCGUUAACACUGAGAUCGCGGCUUCAGUGUGUGGUGCUACGGAAGAGUAAUGACGACGACGCACACAAGAAGAAACCCACCACGAUACUGGUGCUCAACGAGGUGGUGGUGGACCGUGGACCCUCGCCCUACAUCUCCAACAUCGACCUGUUCCUGGACGGGAAGCAUAUCACCUCCGUGCAGGGAGACGGUCUCAUCGUGUCCACCCCCACGGGUAGCACGGCGUACGCGGUCGCGGCGGGAGCCAGUAUGAUCCACCCGUCGGUCCCCGCCAUCAUGGUGACUCCCAUCUGCCCACACUCGCUCUCCUUCCGGCCCAUCGUGGUGCCGGCUGGCGUAGAGCUCAAGAUCUCACUGUCCCCGGACGCUCGCAACGCGAUGUGGGUGUCGUUCGACGGUCGCAACCGACAGGCGUUACAACACGGCGACAGUUUGUACGUAACGACGUCAGUGUACCCGGUGCCGUCGAUAUGCGCGCUCGACCAGAUCUCGGACUGGUUCGACUCGCUGGCCGAGUGUCUCCACUGGAACGUGCGCAAGAAGCAGAAGCAGAUGGACGAGCUCAGUGACGUCACGCACUCGUCCGUCGACGACGACCAUCACGACGAGAGGCCGCACGACACGUGACGCUCGCGGACGCGGCUGGUGUUCGAACAACUGAUAAGUUACGAUACAUCCACUUUGCCACGAUGUUCAAUCAACGCGUGUGUUAGACAUUUAAAUAAAAUAGUUUUAUAACAAUUGUAGGGCUUGUAACUGUAACUCAGCGUUGUGUGAUCAUGUUAAUUGUUUCAUCAUCUAAACGCCGGAUUAGGGAUGCAAGCUUUUUAGUAAUAUCGAUAUAUACGGCGUACCGUUGAUAUCGAUAAUUUUUGGAGUCGAUAUAUCGAUUAAAUCGGUUUCCCGAUAUAACGUUGCAAGCCUACGCCGGAUUAAAAAAAAGUGUAUGUGUACAUCUGUCUAUACGCACGCAAGAAGUUAUUCUUCAUUGGCGUAAAAAAAAAAAUUUACCUCGUGCUAUUUUACGUUUGUAAAAAGAACAAUAUUGUAAUACAGAAGGUGUAUAAUACAAGCAAUGAAAUUUAUUUAAAUAACGUGUAGUUAAAUAUUGAAUUGAAUUGAAAUUUAACUUAACUACCGUCCAUUGGUUGUGGUUUAGACCUCUUGUAAUUCAUAUAUGAGUAUACGAGGCCCAAGCCUCUCUAACAAGUACCUGAAGUAUGAUACAAAUGGUCUAGUUGGCCAGCUUACGUCAGGGUGUCGAAUUUGCGUGACGGAGUGUACGCGCAUCGUAGAAAUUCACUCUGAUAUUUUGUCCCCAACGCCCCAAAAUAAGUAUAACUUCAAAAGAUUAUAUUUAAAUUUGGUUACAAUUACAAACUUUAUAAUAAUCAUAAAAUUUAUUUUAUUACAAUGUCACUUGUACAGUAGGUUCGCGGCGUAGUAAGAAUAUCGGACGAUGACCUUUGCCUGUCGCCCUUUUUUAUGUUACAGAAGAAAUAACGACAAUUAUCACUUAAUUAUCAAUCAGAUCAACCAAGGCGAGCAAAAUUACAAGAGUACGUAUUUUUUUUAAUACGCGCAUAUCGUUCUGGCAACACCAGUAUUCGUCUCCCUUGCACAGCUGCGGACACGACUGAAGCCAUAAUGUGUUGCUGAUAGCUUAUGUAGAUGUCCGAAAAUAUUUCUGUGUGCUAUGAACAUUUAUUUGUCUUCUUCAAAGCAAAUAAUCCAUCAAUGCUUUGCGCUCGUGGAUUUUGAAUAAACAUCUUGACUUUCGAAUGAUAAAUGUAUGAAGGCUUUGAAACGUGAAGCUCAAACGUUGGUUGAUGUCAGAUAUGACGGAUCACUCUUUUAUUAUUAUUUUCUGCUCAAAAAUAUCCAAAAUACAGUGUUUAAUUAAUAUAUUAUUAUUAGUGUUCUGUGGUAUCCAUGUGUAUGGUUGAAUUUUUGUAUAAAAUAUAUAUUUUAUGUAAAAUAAAUUAUUAUUAUUUUCGUUAUUGAAUAUCAUUAAGGUAAAUACUAAAAAAUAUGUGCACAGCUUUAAUAAAAUCAAAGCGGUAAUGCCAAUGUCUCUCUCUCUCUCUUGCACUUAAAGGAUAUAUAUAGUGCAUAUGGUUCUAUAAGUAGGCACUAUAUAAACUUCCCCAAGGCCUCAAUAAUUAUGAUUUAAUUAACUAGUAUUUUAUACAAUAAAAUACCAAUGUGUUUCACUUAGUAUUGGAUGUAAUUUAUUUAUAGUGUAACUUUUUGUACUGUGACAAUAUAAAUACAUAAUUUAUAUACACCUUAUGUACAUUUGCCCCCUUAUUCAUAAUAGUCUGCUAACUUAAAGCAUUGCUAAUUCUCACUCUGUCUUCUUCUAUUGACCUAAGUCAGAAUGAGAAAAAACAGUCCUUAGCGGCUGUUUAGUUAGCGGACCAUUAUGAAUAAGGGGGUAAUUGUUUUAAUUAAAUUUGUAAUCAUAAUUAAUAUUAUACAGUAAUAGUGAUUAUGUGUAUCACACUGUAUAAAUCUUUGAUACUUUUUAAAUCGGUCAUCAGUCAUGGUAAAUCUCUUUAAUACCCAUAGUUCAAUUGAAGAUGUCUGACAUGGUAAAUCAAUUGCUUAAGUUUUAUAUUUUUGACAUGUGAUAUCUGUUGUUUGAUUAUUAUCAGUCUGUUUUAUAAUAAAUAGCCACUAUACUGCCCCUAUAAUUAAUUGUAAUUCAUUAAAACUUUCGUGAGUCAUUAUUAAAUUAUCUAUUAAUACGGCUUUACUCACGCAUCAGGGUGAUUGUGGUGGGUUCGCGAUAACGUCCCACCUCUUACACACACUCAACCUGAUGAAGGACCUCCGAAUGGUCCAAAACUAGUCGGUACCGUCACCGACUAAAACGUGAGUAAAGCCGUAUCAAUAGAUAAUUUAAUUGUAAUUCAUAUUCCAGAGCCAGCCCCACCUCAUAACUGAACUAGAUUUAUUCCUUAAAAUUCAAGACUCCAAUUAUUGUUGGCUAUGGUCCGAAAUGUGAAUCCCCAUGGGGAACUUUAAAAGUUCUUUUAAUGAGAAAAAACGCACUAACGUGACUUUCUGGCCGUCAGACUGCUAAAUCUAAUUUAUUUAUAUUAUAAAUGCGCAGACGGUGCUUAAAACAUAUAACACCUAAUAAAUAGCGAAUGUUUUCAGCUACUGGAUACAAUAGCCAGUAGCGAUUGUUUUCAAUAUUUUAUGAUUAUAACCUGACCAAUGACAAAUAUUUUGUAAUCGAAAAUUCAGUCUGCUGCGCCCGCUCAUUUCAGUUGUUUGACUGAAUUGUUUGCAUUACGAAUAUACCAAAUUAAUAUAUAAGUACUCGCUGACCCAGCAAACGUCGUAUUGCCGAUAUUAAAAUCGCGAUACAAAAGUAACUGUUGAUCGUAGAUGGGUGAAAAUUUAAAGUUGUAUGUAUUUUUUAAUGCUGACUCAUAAUCAACAAAUUUAAAAAAAAAUGUCAAAAAAAUAAAUAAAAAAUCCUGUGGAUCACCACCCUUAACAUUUAGGGGGAUGAAAAAUAGAUGUUGUCCAAUUCUCAGACCUUCCCAAUAUGCACUCAAAAUUUCAUGAGAAUUGGUCAAGCCGUUUCGGAGUUCAAUGUUUAACACCAUGACACGAGAGAGAUGACCAUGACUCUGAGAAUCGUAUCUAAAUCAGAUUUCGAGUAUUUAAAUCUGAUAUGAAAACUGUGUGUAAUAUUAUAGUGCGUACGAAUAUAUUCGUUGUUACUCUAAUAUCAUGUUACUGUAUUCUGUGGUGUGUGCGGUACGCGAAUUGCCACCAUACCACCAUUUUACCAUGGAUUUCGAACGAGUCAGUAAGCGGACUUUCGAUAUUGAAGCAAUAUAUAGAUUUUGUAACUAUAUACGUUUUGUAUCGCCCAUAUGUAUAAUGUAGCGAUAUUGUCACGAGCAAACGCGAAAUGUCGUGAUAUAAUAGAUAUUAUAAAAUAAUGAAUGGAUACCCAAAAGCAAAUACAUACAGAUACGUUAGGAACACGGGUCUUAUAUAAAUCUACUAGCCGUUCCCGCCCGCUUCGCUGGCCGAAUUUUAAAAAGAAAUAAAUUAAACAAUAAAAAAGUAAGUAGCCAUUAACCUACAUAAUUUUAUAACUAACAUAAAUUUAGCAUCGAAUGGUGGUAGUUUCGUGUCGAUACGAUCAGUGGUUUAGGCGUGAAAGAGCCUCAAACAAAGACCAUUUUAAUUAUCUUAAUAUAUAUAAAUUACGUGACACGUUGUUUGUCCUCGAUGGACUCCUGAACUAAUGAACGGAUUUUAAUGGGGAUUACUUCAUGGAAUGCAGUUUGGUCCAACUUGAGAGAUGGGAUAGUUUUUAUUUCGAUUUGGGACCCAUAAUUAUUUUUAUUUUCAAUAUUUGUUUUGUAUGGACAUAUUUUCUAUGACAAAAUUUAUUGACGUACGCUUUGACAGUUCUGCUGUGAAUCAAUUUCAUUAUAAGAAUAGGGAGCAUAUUUUAUGAAAUAAUUCUUGAUGUUAUGCAAUAUUAUUGACAAAUUCAUAAAAAAAACUGUUUUUAAUUUGUUAUGUACAGAACAACGUCCUUCGGGUCAGCAAGUAUAUAUAUAUAUAGAUAGGAGCGAUUAUUUUCAAUAUGUUGUGAUCAACUGACCAAUGAAAUUCAAUACCCAGCGUCUGGUCACGCCCCUUGGUUAAUAUUUGCAUUGCAUUAUUAUUAUUUGGUUUGAAGGUCGAAUGUUGGAUUAGAGUAAUUUAUAAUUCUGCCACGGUGCAUUAUUAUUAUGUGAUAGUUAUUUUGAUAUAUUGUGUUAUCUAUUGUUGUAAGAUACAUUCCUGUAAAAUAUUUUGGGUUUGAUGAGGUUUAUAGAUAAACUUGCAUUUCAAUUUUGCAUAUUGUAUAAAUAUUGUUUAACAUGACAUCUGUAUUUAAGCUUAGUUUUAAAAUUUUAAUGAUUUACCAUUCAUUCUGUAGUCAGGAUUGGUGCUGUGUGAAAUUGGAGUGCCAAGCUAGGUACUAUUGAAAAUGAAAUAUAUAUAUAUAUUUAUUGUAGGUUUUGUAAAAUAAGGUGUCUCAUAUUAACACAAGUUGUAAGACUGUUAUAGAUACAACAAAAUAUUUGUGUGAUCCAUUUAAAAGUUUAUAAAGCUGUACUGUAAAUUAUAAUGCGCAUAUACAUAAUAUGCGCAUUAUAAUUUGGCCUCUCAUGUAGUACUGUUCUCACCUCUGGGCGGGUGCUCCUCAGUACCAGCUACUUCCAUUUGACUGCAUACAACGAAGAGCGGCUCGAAUCAUCGACGAUCAAGUAAUCUCCGAUCGGCUUGAUUCUUUGGCGUUGCGUAGAGAUGUGGGUUCUCUCUUCUACCGCAUUUAUCGCGCGGAGUGCUCAGAAGAGCUGUUCGAGUUGAUUCCAGCAGCCGCAAAGUACCACCUGCAUCACGUUGACGUCUGGCAUUCCACAACCGCGCGUUUUGCAAGAAAUUUCUAGCGUCGCACAGCCACUUUGUGGAAUCAACUACCGGCUGUGGUUUUCCCGAACCGAUAUAACUUAGGGACCUUCAAGAAAACAGCAUAAACCCACCUUAAAGGCCGGCAACGCAUCUCUUGACACCUGUUGUUGCGGAUAUCCAUGGGCGGUUGCCUCACCUCUCCCCAUCCCGAGAGCCACUUGCCCCUUUGCCCCCCUCUUAUAUAAAAAAAAUGUGUACCUAUUAUAUACGAGGUAUACCUCUCGCCAGACUUCUCGUUCGCUGCUGCCAAUAGUUGCGCAAUAACAAAAUAAUACAGUUUGGCUGUGGGUAUACUUAUUUGAGCUUUGUCAAGUAUUAUUUUGGUACUAAGUGGGGCUAAGUUAAAAAAUGAUUACUUCACAGAAUGGCAAUUUUUAGCAUUUCAUUUUAUUUGUUGAUAAUAUUAUUGUUUUUUUCAAGAAUGUGAAUAAUUUUAAUGGAAUCUUCAAAUAACAUAGAAUUAUUUGUUUAUUUUAGUCAUAGAUCAUUUAUACGUCUAGAAUCUAGAUAGACUGUUACAGCUCUGAAAACGUUGAAAAAAAUAGAUGUUGACUGUUAACCUAUAUUUUUGGACUCUAUCUAAGCGUAUAAACUAUCUAAGAUUUUAGUAUUGAUCAUAAGAUGGCCGAUGAAGAGUAUGCAUUACGGCUUGACAAAUUAUAUGAAUAUUUUGUACGGAUUUGUGAUACCUAUUCACCUUAUCGUCGUCAUUUUAAUUUACAAAAUCAUAUACUAUUUGUGAAAAUAACUCACAUCAGUUUGUAUUAUUUUUGUAAUAAACAAAAUCUUGGAAUUGAAAUGUACAAAUUUUAAUAAGAAUCCAUUUAUAAAACAAGAAA